CCAUGUUUCAAAAUUGUUAGUUUUCUUCCGCAUAAUUAGAGACAACCACGUGUCGAACUUUGAACUCUACCAGCAGGAGCAUGGCGGUGAGGGUGCCGAAGGUGGGAGUAGGUUUGUUCGUCAGUCGUCUCCACUGGACAGUGUCUGACGCAUGUCUGCGGAAAUACUUCGAGAAGUUCGGCGCGGUCCUCUUCUCGGUGGUCCACAUAGACGUUAAGACUGGUCUCCACAAGGGUUUUGGCUGGGUGAGGAUGAGCAGUGAGCAGGAGAUAGAGAACGUUCUUGACUACAAGAGACACACCAUUGAGGGAUAUGAGGCUGAUGUAAAGAGAGACAGGCGAGAUGAGCCACAGCCAAAUGACCUCCACAUGGAUCAUCUCUCACUAGAUCAUGUGACACCUCAGACCACACCCACUAACUUGGGUCAAACUGAGACCACACCCACCACUACUAGCCACACCCUCUAGAAAUCGUAAUUUGAAACCUGUAUAUAUAAUACUAACGAACAUCAGUGAUUGACAA